AUGGCGAACAUUUUUGAUAUGGAUCUUGACAACCAACCUCAACCGUCUAUUUUUAUGGUUCCUAGAAUAUAUCGGGAUCAAAAUCUCAGCUGUUUUGACCCUCUUGAGGUCUCUAUUGGACCUUUUCACAAAGGCAAUAGUAAUGUUCAAGCAAAUGAAGCGUUGAAAAGGAAAUACAUGGGUGACUUAUUGGUUCGUUUAAAAUCUCCACCACAACAAACCUUGGAAAGAUGUUUUUCGAAGGUAAAUUCUUUAAUAAAUGAAAUCAAGUUAUGCUAUGGUGGGAUGCUAAACUCUCAUGACUCCGAUGUCGCAAAUAUGAUGGUAAUAGAUUCUUGUUUUAUCCUGGAAUUCAUUCAAAAGGUGUUUGAAGUUAAUUGUCCGGGGUUCAUGUUAUUCGAGAUACUGCUUGACUUGUUGCGGAUAGAAAACCAGAUUCCUUUUUUUGUUCUUCAAAAUAUCUUCGACUUGACACUCCUGGGAAUUCAACGAAAAAACUCUCUUAUUACUCUGCUCAUUGACCAUGUUUUUUUUGGAUUCCACCCGUGUCAAGCUAAACUAAAAAUUGAUAACGAUGGUAAUGAUGAGUGCAAUUAUAAACAAAUCCUUGAUAUUCUGCACAAAGCUUGCCGGUCUGAUUUGUCGGCAGAAUAUGGUUUACCGAAAGCAAUUUCUCAUUCGGUUGUAGAAUUGGAUAGGGCAAGAUUGAUGUUUGAGCCAAAUGAAGGUGGAAGCAUGGCAAUGGCAAUGGCCAUUGAAUAUGAAUUAUUUGGGGUUUUCGGGAAGCCAACUCUUAGAAUGCCAGUAUUGACCAUUGAUGACGCCACUGAGCUAGUUUUGUGGAACCUAAUCGCAUACGAACAAUUUGAUCCUAAUGUGGAUGGUCAUUACUGUUGGAACCACGUUCCACAGGACGAUCUGGGAUGUUUAUCACUCGAAUCGAAUCAUGUUUAUUACAGCAAUUACUUCACAUCAUUUGUUGUUGCCUUGGAUAUGUUAGUCGAUAGUACAUUGGAUGUUGUCAAGUUGGUUGAGUCAAAAGUCAUUGUCAACAGGUUUUCAAAGGAAAAAGCUGCAAAAAUGAUCAAAGGCAUGUUCCGUGGAGUUGUCUGCAGAACGUUCAUGUAUCAACAGGAGUUUCAACAAUUAGAUAAUUACUACAAGUGGGCAAAUAAUCAGGGUUGGCUUAACCUCUUUGAUGAUCCUAGGUGGGACCAAUUUUUGGGGCCUAACAAACUCCCUUCUUUAUUCGGGCUUGGGACAGGCAAAGAUAAACUAAAAAGUUGUUGA